AUGGCAGCGCCGGGCCUGGCUGCUCCCGAGCAGGUCUCCCAGCUGCUGCAGCUGCUGCAAGCCUCCCUGAGCGCCGAUGCUGCCACCCGGCAGCAGGCCGAGGCGGCGCUGGAGGGCGCCGGCUCCAGCCCCGGCUACGCCGCCGCGCUGACCGCGGUUCUGCUGGCGGCGGGGGGCGAGGUGCCGCCGGGGCUGCGCCAGCUGGCAGCCACCGUGCUGAAGAAGCUGGUGCGCGAGCACUGGACGCCCGAGUCGCCUCAGUACAAGGGGCCCGCGGUGGGGCCUGAGGAGAAGGAGGCGGUGAGAGAGCAGCUGCCCACGGGCCUGGGCGACGAGAGCAGUCUGGUGCGGACGGCGGUGGCCAUGGCGGUGGCUGCCAUCGCGCGCUGGGACUGCCCGCAGCAGUGGCCCACCCUCAUCCCGGGCCUCGUGCAAGCCAUCGCAGCCAAGAAGAACGCCAACCUCGUCAGCGGCUCCGUGCGCUGCCUGGCGAUGUUUGUCGACGAGCAGGGCGACGAGCAGAUCAUGGCCAUCGCCCCCGCCCUGCUCCCCGAGCUGCUGGCCAUCCUGCGCAGCGACGCGUACGGCGCCCCGCUGCAGCGCAAGGCCCUCUCCAUCCUGCACACAAUCCUGGAGGUGCUGCAGGAGCUGUCCAGCGGCUCCACCCUGGCGCAGGUCAAGGCGCUGCUGGCCUCCAUCCUGCCCGGCUGGCUGGCCGAGUUUGGGCGGCUGCUGGGCAGGCCGCUGGACCCGCACGAUACCGCCUCAUGGGGUGUGGCCAUGGAGUGCCUCAAGUGCCUCAUGCUCAUGGUCACUGGCUUCUCCAAGCUGGCGGCGCCACACAUCGGCCCCGCGCUGACCGCGGCCUGGCAGGCGAGCGCGUCCCGGGCCACAAGCAGCGGGACGCAGCCCGCUGCCGCUGCUGGCGGCCACCCGUGCAUGCUGCUCGGGCCGUGCGGCGAUCAUAUGUACUCCACCAGCCUGCCGCUGUACUGCGAGCUGGUGGUGGCCAGCGAGGAGGGCGCCGAGGGAGGCGUGGACUCGGAGGGCGAUGCCGUCGACUUCAGCGCGCUCAUCAGCCAGCUGGUGGAGCUGGUGCUGGCGCUGGUGGGAAACCAGCGGUACCAGGCCAUGCUGCGCGCCUCGCUGCACCAGCUGGCGCACCUGACCCUGGGCUACAUGCAGAUGACGGAGGCGCAGGUGGGGCGGUGGGGCGACGACCCCAACCAGUAUGUGGCCGACGAGGAGGAUGACUUCUCCACAGUCAGGGCUGCGGGCGAGAUGCUGCUGGAUGAGCUGUUUGAGGCAUUUGACGGCGAGGUGGUGGCGCCGCUGGCGGCGGCCGUGCAGGCGCGGCUGCAGGAGGCGGCGGCCAACAAGGCGGCGGGCCGCGAGGACUGGUGGCGGCUGCGGGAGGCCGCACUGUUUGCUGUGGGCACCGUCAGCGACGCACUGAUCGAGCUGUCGGCGGUGGGCGGCGGCGCGCUGGCUCUGGAUGUGGGGGGCCUGAUGGGCAGCGUCCUGGCAGAGGACCUGGUGCCCACCGCCCCGCCCUUCCUCAUCGGCCGGGCGCUGUGGGUGACGGCCAGGCUGGCUCCCGCCAUUCCGCCGCAGCAUCGCGCCGCCUACAUGCAGGCGGCGGUGGCGGGGCUGGCCCCCGGCAGCCCGCCGGCGGUGCAGAUUGGCGCGUGCCGCGCGCUGGCGCGGCUGUGCCAGACGUGCAAGCGCGAGGAGCUGGCGGCGGUGGCGCAGCCGAUGUUUGCGGGGCUGUGCCGGAUGCUGGCCAGCUCGUCAGACGAGAUCCUGCACCUGGUGCUGGAGACGCUGACGGCGGCGCUCAAGGCGGCCCCCGAGGCGGCGGCGCAGUGGGAGCCACACAUCUCAGAGCCUGCCCUGAAUGCCUGGGUGGCGAAUGUGGCUGACCCGCUGCUGUCUGUGGAUGCGCGGGAGCUGCUGGAGGCGCUGGCCGCCAUACCCGCCUGCCUGCCCAGCCUGCAGGUGGCUGUGUGGGGCUGUGUGGAGGAGAGCGAGGGGGAGUGGGAGGAGGCGGAGGGCAGCGAGGAGGAGGAGGCAGAGGAUGCGGAGCAGGAGCCGCGCGCGCCCGCUAUGGGUUCGGUGCGCAGCGCGGUGCGCCGCUUUGCCGCUGCCUUUGAGGACGACGGCGGCUUCAACGCCGAGGAUGCCGCGCUUUCCAAUGUGGACCCAAAGGAGGCCGCCCGCCGCGCCGCCGACCCCGUCUCCGCCCUCGACAUUGCCGCCACGGUGCGCGAGGUGUUCCAGCGCGUGGCGGCGGCGCAGCCCCAGCUGAUGCAGGCGGGCAGCGAGCAGCUGACGCCGGUGCAGAUGGCGGCGCUGCAGCAGAUCUUUGGGCAGGCGGCGGCGGGGCAGUAG